CCCUGCCAAGGUUCGAUCGUGACUUUUGUAAAAGCACCUCGUUUUUCCUCGUCAUUGCCCCUCUCAGGCCCCCGGAGUAAAGACACUCCGGAAUACCAACGUUCCGAGUGAAAGGAUCAUGAGGAAGCUGGUUCAGGAGCGCUGACAGUGAAAGUGUUCUCCACAAGAAGCCGCUUUAUUCCUCAGUUAAAAGGCGCCAGUUGUUUCGCGUCCGUCGACUUUGGCGUCGUUGCCGUGGGAGACGGGAUGAACUCCAGAGGAACUUCUACACGAGCUCGUCGGAUUUCUCCUCGGAUCAUUCUCUCAGCUGAUUGGUCAGGAGGUGUUGAUUAAUGCUGUGGAACAGAAGUGCAGGAUUAAAUUAAUUCGUUAUUGUUUCUAUAGCAACAGCUGGUUCACAUGUUUUAAAGAUUAGGGAUGAAUAGAGAGUCUGGGUCUGUGAUCGUUUACUGCUGCUAUAAUGAGUUAUAACAGCAAAUGCAGACUGAAUGUGGAAAAGGACAUGAAAUAGAAGCACAUAGCAAUCUGAUGUUACAGUUACUUCCACAGGAACUCGUUUAUUUUGUGGAUUGGGGGUGUGUUUGGGGAACGGACUCUGACCUCAUGCCGUGUUGUUUCUGGUGUAAAGGAUCUUCUGCAUCUGAGGGUCCGAUGCAGACGCCUCCUCAGAUCACGGCCUGCUCUUGGGUCAGCAGAUUGUGUCACUCUGAAGCUGAUUCCGUGGAGGUUUCCGAAAACAUGUCCGUCAGCGUCCAUGAAAACCGCAAGUCCAGGACGAGCACAGGCUCCAUGAACAUCUCGUUGUUCCACAAGCCCUCGCAUCCUGACAGCGUACUGACUCACCUUAAUACUCUCCGCAAGCAGUGCAUGUUUACAGAUGUGACCUUAUGGGCUGGAGAUCGGUCCUUUCCAUGUCACAGGGCCGUUUUGGCGGCAUGCAGUCGCUACUUCGAAGCGAUGUUCAGUGGAGGCCUCCGUGAAAGUCUGGACAGUGACGUGAACUUCCGUGACAGCGUUCACCCGGAGGUUCUGGAGCUGUUGUUGGACUUUGCGUACUCGUCUCGAGUCAUCAUUAACGAGGAGAAUGCAGAAUCCCUUCUCGAAGCUGCAGACAUGCUGCAGUUCCAUGAUAUCCGCGACGCCGCCGCAGAGUUCCUCGAAAGGAACCUUCACUCGUCUAAUUGCUUGGGUAUGAUGCUUCUGUCCGAUGCUCAUCAGUGCAAGCGUCUGUACGAACUUUCUUGGAGGAUGUGUCUGGUUCACUUCGAAGCCGUUCGGGACACUGAAGAUUUCUACGGGUUGUCCAAGGACAAACUUUUAGACCUUAUACUCAGCGACGAGUUGGAGAUAGAGGAUGAGCAGAUCGUGUUCAACGCAGUGAUGCGCUGGGUCCGAUUCGAUUUAGAUACCCGCAGAGACUACCUGCCCGAGCUUCUUCGGGGUAUCCGUCUUGCGCUUUUGCCUUCCGAGUGCCUCAUCGAGGCUGUUGCUUGCGAGGAACUGGUUAUGUCUGACAAACGGAGUCGACAGAUCGUUGAAGAAGCCAUCCAAUGCAAGAAGAAGAUCCUGCAGAACGACGGCGUUGUCACCAGUCCGUGCGCUAGGCCACGCAAAGCCGGUCACACGUUGCUCAUUCUCGGAGGACAGACCUUUAUGUGCGAUAAGAUUUACCAAGUGGAUCAUAAAGCAAAAGAAAUCAUACCCAAAUCGGAUUUACCCAGCCCGAGAAAGGAAUUUAGCGCGUGUGCCAUCGGAUGCAAGGUCUACGUGACUGGAGGAAGGGGCUCGGAAAACGGCGUGUCGAAAGACGUGUGGAUUUACGAUACAGUCCAUGAGGAAUGGUCCAAAGGUGCACCCAUGCUAAUUGCACGCUUCGGUCAUGGAUCAGCAGAACUGGAAAAUAGCCUUUACGUAGUCGGAGGUCACACCGCUAUAGCCGGCGUCUUUCCCGCGUCCCCUUCAGUAUCUUUGAAACAAGUCGAACGGUACGACCCUCUAACUAAUAAAUGGAGCAUGAUGGCGCCGCUCAGAGACGGCGUCAGUAAUGCGGCCGUAGUCAGUGCUAAGCUGAAGCUGUUUGUUUUUGGGGGGACUACCAUCCACAGGGACAAGGCUUCAAAAGUGCAGUGCUACGAUCCUCUGGAGAACCGAUGGACCAUAGCGGCGGAAUGUCCACAGCCGUGGCGGUACACCGCAGCCGCCGUGUUGGGAAGCCAGAUUUUCAUCAUGGGUGGCGAUACAGAGUUUACCGCCGCUUUCGCUUACCGAUUCGACUGUGAAACCAACCAGUGGAUGCGUGUUGGAGACAUGACGUCUAAAAGGAUGAGCUGCCAUGCUGUAGCCUCUGGGAAUAAACUGUAUGUCGUCGGGGGGUACUUUGGGACACAGCGGUGUAAGACACUGGACUGCUACGAUCCAACGUCAGACAGCUGGAACAGCAUCACUACAGUGCCUUAUUCGCUGAUUCCUACUGCGUUUGUUAGCACCUGGAAACAUCUGCCUGCCUAGUGGUCUCACCAUUACGAGGAUGGAAAUAAAAUGGGUGUCCAAGAUUCCGGAUGACAUUACAGAGCAAGCCUGUGUGUGUGUGUGUGUGUGUGUGUGUGUGUGUGUGUGUGUGUGUGUGUGAGAUAAACACACUAACAGAAGUCUCGGAGAUGCAGUACUUCAGAGCCAGAGACAUCAGAGGACACGUGAACACACAUGACCUCUCGCACUGGUGUGUGUGUGUGUGUGUGUGUGUGUGUGUUGGGAAACAGUAAUAAAUGCCUGACUUUUGACAUUAAAAAAUGCACAUUUC